CUGGAAACGAAAACAAAACAAAUGUUUAUCUAUAAAAGAGCAAGUUACGAAGAAUGCUGACGUAUUUUACCGUAGCAGUACUUUAUUUGUCUGUCGGUGUUUUACUAGAUAGUGAUUCAACAACGGCUACUGAUGAGGCGUCUACGGAGAACAUGUUCACUGAUUAUUUCACAGACUAUGUCACAGAUAAGGUCACAAGUAAUGUCGAAGUUAAUGUCACAGACGAUGUCACAAAAGCUGGUACUGACAAGAUCACGGGUGGUGUCACAAGAGGGGCUAAAGACACUUUCAAAGGUAACGUCACAGAGGAUGUCAGUGAAAAUGUCACUGACGCUGUCCAUGAAAACGUGACUACUGCCUUUGACACGGACAACUCCAAAACCAGUGAUGUCAAUCUCAACGCGACGCAAAGUGACCAAAAUGUUACCCAAGCCAGCUUAGACUCAUCACUUGGCCUCAACGGCACCACGCCACAGAGUAAAGUGAACGCCACUGGUACCACUCAGCUUGCAGAUAGCAAGGCCGCCAAUGUUACGGUAGGAGCAAUAGACGUGAACCAACCUAAUAAUGGCGCACCAAAUCUCUCCAGCGCUCGUUUUGAGCAAGUGGACGUCACUAAGUACUGCAUUCAGAUGGAGUGGGCAGGUAUGGACUUCCUGUCCAACAAGAUUCAAGUGAAUGUUACCAAUAAUAAAACUCAGAAGGUGUUACAAUUUAAUGUGAGUGCCAGUGACUGGAAGUUCCGAGUCUGUGACCUAGACGAGGAACAGAGUUACCUGGUGAAGUUGGCUGAUCCCUUGUGGCCUCCAGGGGAAGUUAUCGAGACAAUUAUGUGGACUCUGCAGGCAACACCACCUUACCCCCCUCUUCCAAGGGUCGAUUACACGACGGAAAAAUCUAUUGCUUUGACAAUUUUUCCAGUUGACUUUGACCAAAAUACGGGACCUUUCUCUGGAUUUGACAUACGAAUCAGUAAAUUGAUUGAUUCAGAGAACCAGGAGAGGAGAUACCGUUACGGCGAUUUCUUGCUAGGCACACCACGAGGUUUUAGCGUGACAGUUCUGCCCACUAAUACUGAGCAACAGUUUAUCAUAGGCGAUACUAACGACGGAAGUAACUACAAGUUGACAAAAGACACGGAGUACGUAGUCUAUGUUGGCACCGUGAGCACAGUGGCCCACAUCAGUACUCACGCCUAUGUCUCGAUCUUGGCCACUACCUGCAUCAUCAACAUUCACGUGAUUGUCAUGUUUCUUUGCUUUGUGGUUGGUAUCAUCCUACUGGCCUACACAAUCUCUUUCAUCGUCUGGAAGAGAAAAAAAAACGAGGAGCACUUCAAUAUGGCCAAACAAGAUGAACUGCUUCUCUACCUCCAAGACAGCGCCCCCAAAGAAGUAGGAAACGCCCACGGUGGCGGAGAAUCCCUGCCCCAUACAGACGAUCCCAUUCAGCUUUCCUCUUUGAUUUUAAAGAGACAUUUAAACAGAGCUCGACUGAGCAUAAAGGAUUAGCACAGAAGAUCUUUCAAACAUUUAAACAGAGCUCGUUUGAGCAUAAAGGAUUAGCACAGAAGAUCUUUCAAACAUUUCAACAGAGCUCGACUGAGCAUAAAGGAUUAGCACAGAAGAUCUUUCAAAGAAAAAGCAUGUAAAUGUUUUCCAACUUGAAACCUUGUGCAAAAAUAUGUUAUGUCCCUUAUAUUACAGGCUUUUAAUUUGUGUGAACUAAUUACUUUUCAGAGAUCUAUUCUAGGCCCUUUUUGGAUUGCUAGUAUGGCUACUUCCUCUCUAAUGGUGCACGCUGUUUGUUUCCUAGUAUACUUGAUAUAUAAACGUUUAAAAAAAAAGAAAAUAGCUGUUAAAAAUUAUUCACAAAAUUGUGUGUGCAGUAACAUAUUGUCUUAACCCCAAGACUUCCUUCUACCUUUGAUUCCCUUACCAGAGGCCUGUAGAAAAAAAAACAACUAACUUAUAAAAACAUUGUCUUAAAGGUAACUACACCAACAUUAGAACUGAUGGGUUUACGUGAGAUGGAUUAGUCCAUUGUCACACAUCAGGUUUUAAUCAUAUAAACAGUGACGUAGCUAGGGUUGGGGAGGAGGGGGGUCCAAAUUUGAAAAUCCCCCCCCCCCCCCUAAAUGAUCGUCCGAAAUUUGUUGUUACAUUAAAUAUUACUCCAUUAUCUCAUGUCAUGAUGUAGAAUAUCAAAAUGCAGGGCCCUUUAAGAGGUUAACCCAUCCUCGGGAACCCAAAUCCCUAGCUACGCAAAUGCAUAAUAAGAAAAUAUAUGUCCUAGUGCCUUGUCCAUACCAUUAUGAUUGUGAGUUCCUUAAAGACCUCUCCGUUAUACUUGAUGAGCUACUUAUGACACUACAAUGUCAGGGAGCGUCAUAGUUUCAUUAAAAA